UACUGAGCUUGUUUUUUUAUCCAGCUAAUGUAAUGUGGCUCAGUAGCAUAUCAUGCUAUCUGUCUAUCAUCUCAUUGACGAGCCCCUUCUUUUGCGUCGUCGGUCGUAUCUCCACCACCAGAAAAUCGUUCAUGAUCCAUAGAGCCGUCGCAACUACCUUCUCUUGUCUUAAGAAGAAGAAGAAGAAGCCGAUUCGAGGAGGAGGAGGAGGACCUCAUUCCUCAGUCCUCCCCAUACAACACUUGACAAAGCACCCUUACAGCAGCAGGCUCUAUGGCACUUUGGAUUCCAAUCUUGUUUCUACAACACCAACAACUCUUACACUAUCAUCAUCUAACAAUAAUCAUGAUCAUGGAAUAACUAAUCAAUAUUUGCAAAGUAGCAGCAGCAGCAGCAGCAGCUCUUCCAAUGUUAAAGUUAUGCUUAUUGAUGGCACAUCAAUUAUUUUUAGAUCAUACUACAAGCUUCUUGCAAGAUUGCAGCACGGUCACUUGUCAAAUGCUGAUGGAAAUGGGGAUUGGGUCUUAACCAUUUCAACCGCCUUAUCCCUUAUAUUAGAUGUUCUUGAAUUUUUCCCUUCACAUGUAGCUGUGGUUUUCGAUCACGAUGGAAAUCCAUUUGGUCAAACUUCUAUUUCAUCCAAACAAAGUUUUGUAGCAAAAGGCCUAACCUUUCGUCAUACGAUGUACCCUGCAUACAAGAGCAAUCGCCCCCCUACACCUGAUACCAUAGUUCAGGGACUUCAGUACUUGAAAGCAUCUAUCAAAGCUAUGGAUGUCAAGGUCAUUGAGGUUCCAGGUGUUGAAGCUGAUGAUGUGAUUGGGACAUUGGCUGUAAGAAGUGUUGAUGCUGGGUUUAAGGUCCGAGUUGUAUCUCCUGACAAAGAUUUCUUCCAGAUACUUUCUCCUUCUUUACGUCUUCUAAGAAUUGCACCACGUGGACUUAAGAUGGUUUCCUUUGGGAUGGAUGAUUUUGCAGAGAAAUUUGGGACGUUAAAACCUUCUCAAUUUGUUGAUGUUAUAUCACUUGUCGGUGACAAAUCUGAUAAUAUACCAGGAAUUGAUGGAAUUGAAUAUGAACAUGCUGUGCAGUUGAUCACUAAAUUUGGGUCACUGGAGAAUUUAUUACAAAAUGUUGAUCAUGUUGAAGAACGUACUAGAGAGUACUUGAGUGAAAAUGCUGAGCAGGCCAUCCUGAGCAAGAAUUUGGCUCAGCUGCGCUCAGAUCUUCCGUUUUACAUGAUUCCAUAUGCUGUAGAUGAUCUGGCCUUUAAGAAACCCCAGGACGAUGGAGAAAAGUUUAAGAACCUGUUGACAGCUAUCAGUGCAUACGCAGAGGGAUUCUCAUUGGAUCCCGUAAUUAGAAGAGCCAUCCAUUUGUGGAAAAAGCUUGAAUGAAACAUGAUGAUGCAAAGACUGUAAUCAUUCACCAUGUUAUUAAAUUCACAUUUCCUUAACAAGGAACCCCCUCCAAUGAACAAAAGAAUUAUAUUUCACUUCUCCAUCUACAACCAUUUUAUUUAUAGCCUGUACUUGAAUAUAUAUAUAAAAAAAAUUGAACAACA